AUGUCAUAUGCAGAGUUGUUCCCAGCUUUGUUAGCCAUAAAUCACAUUCAUACUCGAUCUCCAUUCAUUGUCCCAAAAGAAAUUCCCUAUUGGUACAAAGCUGAUCAAUUUUGUGUGUACCAUCAAGGAGUGUCUGGUCACAAUAUAGAGAAUUAUUAUGGCUUAAAAUAUGAUGUUCAAAGGCUGAUUAAAGGUGGCAUUUUGUCCUUCAAAGAUGUUAAUCUGAAUGUGCAGGUUAAUCCAUUACCUCAGCAUGGGGGAGCUUCAGUAAACAUGGUGCAUGGUUGUCCAGGAAAAUUUGCAGUCUUCGAGGUUAGGUUUAUCAGAGAAUCCUUAGUCAGAAUGUAUGCUAGUUUGACAAGGCUUGCCUUCAUUGAUCAUGAACACAAUUACACUGCUUGUAGAAUUUGCUCCAUGAAUAUGCAUGCAUAUCCUCUUGUAUGCCAAGAUAUUCAGAAGUUGUUGGAUCAAAGGACUAUCAGGAUCACCUAUGAUAGGAACCAUGAUGAUGAUGAAGUUAAUGUUAUAGUAACUCAGUUCAAUGUUCCCAAUCUUGUGGAGAUCAUUUAUGAUAGCCGAAAGACUUCUGCUUCUCCUUUGGUUAUUAGUUUUCCCGGUCCAGUUCCUUAUAAAUCUGACAAGGCUAUACCAUACAAGUAUAACGCCACCAUGAUUGAAGAUGGAGUGGUGGUUCCUUUGCCUUCCGUUGUUAAUAUUGUUGAUGUGAGCAGAGUCACAAAAAGUGGGUGUGUGUUUUUCUCUACACCUCCCAUAAGAAUUGAAGAUAUCGCUAUAAGGAAAACUCAUGUUGAGAUUCCAUUUGAGAAGGUUGGUCAGUCUAGUGGUACAAAUCAGAAGGUGGAUAAUGAUGAAAUGUUGAGAUUGGUAAAGAAAAACGAGUAUAACGUGGUGGAGCAACGGUUAUACACACCAUCAAAGAUAUAUGUGUUAUCCUUGUUAAUGAGCUUUAAGGCUCAUCGAGAAGCUUUGCAAAAGGUUUUAGAACAAACAUAUGUAGAUCAUGACGUGACUGUGGGUCAAUUUGAUGGUAUUGUAGCUAACAUAACUGCCUGCAACAAUCUGAGUUUUUGUAAUGAAGAGCUCCCUGAAGAGGGUAGAAAUCAUAAUAUGGCACUACAUAUUUUAAUGAACUGUGUGAGUGGCGCUCUUUCUUAUGUGUUGGUAGAUACCGGACCGUUACUGUAUAUGAUUCGUAAAUUAACACUUUCCACAUUAUCUUUUCAAGACGCUCCAAUGAGGGGAAGUGGGAUUGUUGUGAAGGCUUUCGAUGGUUCCCGAGAAACUGUUAUUGGAGAGGUAGACUUGCCUAUGACUAUUGGUCCUCACAAUUUUAGAUCAUGUUCUAGGUUAUGGACAUUGAAGUAG